ACAGGAGUUCACCGUGAAGGUUAGGCAGGCUGCUGUUCCUCGUCGAAGAGCAUCUGCUUCAAGUCUCUACAGUCGGUGAAUGUUUUAGUCUUCAACUUGAAAUAAUGACAACAGGAAGGCAUUCCGGAUGGCAAAAACUAAUUCUUCUACUGGCAGUUUUUCCCUGCUGCCGGAGUGUGCAAGUGUCUAUCAAAGAAAAGGAAUACAGGGUGGCUAAAGGAGACGAUGUUACACUGACCUGUUUCUUCAUCCCUGCUAACCCUAUCAAAAACAACUUUGUCCUGGCAUGGGACGUUGUGGGUGUCCCAUCGAAAGCAGUGGCCUCCUUCUUUCUUAACAGUCCUGUUGACAUCGCUCCGUCAUACGAAGGAAGAGCCACCCUGGAGGUUGAUGUGGACAGGGGAGAAGCGACGCUCCUCUUGAAAAAGUUGACCAUGGAAGACAGCCGCCAUUAUCAGUGCAGCGUCAGAAUCCCCAACGAUGACGAGGGAACACCGAUCGCCUCUACUUCUGUUUUAGUUCUAGAGCCUCCCUCUAAACCAGUCUGCACACUUCAGGGACGAGCAGAGUAUUUCGCUGACAUCACACUCACCUGCAAGUCUGAGGAGGGUUCGCCAGCUCCUGUGUAUUCCUGGACGAGUUACAGUAUUGAAAACCUUCCCAGACAAUUUCCCCCGAAGACAACACAGGAGGAUGGAGUUCUGUCUCUCUUCAAUGUUACAAAAGAGACGUCUGGCUUCUUUAUCUGUCUUUCAAAAAAUAAUGUUGGUUCUGCAAGCUGCAACUUUACCUUAGCUGUAAUGCCUCCCAGUAGGGGCUUUGCAUCCACUGGAAUUAUAAUUGCAGCAGUUGCUGCUGGUCUUCUGGCUCUGGGGAUUAUCAUUUUUUGUUGCUGCAGAAGAAAGAAUAAAAACGAGGCUGAUGAUGAGGGUUCCCAUGGAGAUAAGGUGUAUUAUGACAAAGAAGGUCCUGAAGUAGGAGAGCCAUACAUGGAUGACAAGUCAAACACUGAGAAGAAGAAGACUAAUGAGAGUGAAGAUAAAGAUAUUUCUCCUCAAAGCAAUUACACUAUAGGUGGAGCAGGAAAGACGUUUGAUGAUGACCAGCAUAGUUAUAGAAGUGGUUUAGAGAGGCACGACGGAAAGGGUAGUGAUAUAGAUUCCCAGCGUUACCAAGGAGAUCGGAAGGAUUAUUAUCGUGGAAGCCGGGAUCACCUGGACAAUCAACGUGAUCACUACGGAAGCCGAGAACGUGACGAUCAACGCAAUCAGUAUGGAAGUCGGGAUCGUCUCGACGACCAACGAGAUCGCCAUGGCAGUAGAGAUCGUCUUGACGACCAAAGAGAUCGCUACGGAAGUCGGGAUCGUCUUGACGACCAAAGAGAUCGCUACGGAAGUCGGGAUCGUCUUGACGACCAAAGAGAUCGCUACGGAAGUCGGGAUCGUCUUGACGACCAAAGAGAUCGCUACGGAAGUCGGGAUCGUCUAGAUGAUCAGCGAGAUCGCCGUGGCAGUAGAGAUCGUCUUGAUGAUCAACCUGUUCGCUCUGGAAGUCGAGAUCGACUUGAUGAAUACCGUGAUCAAGACUUGUACCGUGGUAGCCGCGAUCGCAUUGAUUACAGAGAUGAGUAACAUAGAAAUUAAUAUGUUUAACGUUGACUUAAUGAAUACUCUUCACUAAAGAGUACUCAGUAAGUCUCAGUUGUGUGUCCUUGGGCAAGACGCUUUACCUUCUUUGCCUGCUGCUGGUGGUCAGAGGGCCUGGUGACACUGAGUGUCAGUCUGCCUCAGGGCAGCUGUGGCUACAAUGUAGCUCAUCACCAUCUCUGUGUGAAUGACUGAAUGUAGAGUAAAGCACUUUGGAGUCAUCUGACUUGAUAAAGCUACACACAUACAGGCCAUUACCCUUUGACCCUUUGAGCUUAUGGCAUAAAGAAAGAUAUUAUUGUCCAUGGUUAUUAUGUCUUGAAUGGGAUUUUUUUUUUAAAUCAUGUUAGUGCAAAGAGCCAAACUAUAUGACUAUCAACCUACAAUGUAAGAUAUACUGUAUACUGAAAUUUUGAAUGAUUAAUUAAGGUUUUGCUUUGAUAAAUGUAUUUGGGCGAUUUAAAAUAUAUAUAUAUAUUUUAAUCCUGUUUUGCAUCUUUUAAUGAAAUUCGA